AUGGUUUCGCCUUGGAUGGAGAAUGGUGAUCUGCGUAGUUUUCUUCAUUCGUAUCCUGACGCAGAUCGCUACGAGUUGUGUGCUCAAAUGGCCGAUGGGGUCGCAUAUCUGCACUCCCAGAACAUUGUGCACGGGGACAUCAAAGGGGCCAAUGUGCUAAUAUCGAAAGAAUUCGUCCUAAAGAUUGCGGACUUUGGGACUUCAGCCCUGAAGGACUACACGCUAGCGUUUGCCCAGACUGGGACAAAGCCUGGGAUGACGAUACGUUGGACGGCAAGCUAUUUACACACUAUCAUGGCUGGCUACGAUUAA